AUGGCAAGCAUUUCCACAGGCGCCUUGUCCCAGUGGAUGACACUCGCACCCGAAAUCUUGAGCGAGAUAUUUCUUCACUCAAUUCCGUUCCCUGAGGAAAAACGAUUCGCCCGGCCAUCCAAUGGACCAACUAUCCCUGCUAUGUUUUCUUUGGGAAUAAGCCAUGUUUGUCGACAAUGGAGGCAAGCAGCAAUCGGGUACUCCAGGCUAUGGUCGUUUCUAGAUCUAGUCCAGUCCGCAGACCAGUCAGCAGAAUCUCGGGCCCUGCAACUCAUCGCAACCUACCUCCAACGCUCAGGUCUUUGUCAACUUACAAUCGUGCUCACCUACGAGUAUUCGACGCGACACGUGCUUCUCGCCCAACUACUACAACAAUCGAGUCGCUGGGUCACCAUCUAUUUUGACGCAUACUGUCUACAUAUGGCAUCUCCCACUUCCGUCGGCCCUAGCAUCGAGUGGUCGCAAAUCAAGUUUCCGCUGCUAAAGAAUGUCGUGAAAUUUGACUCGGGCCAGCAAGUUGAGUCAUUCAACCACGGCGAAAAUUAUCGGCCUCUGAUGGACAUAUUCCAAACGAGCAACCUGCAGCGGUAUUACAACUACUGUUCAAACGACGUGGAGGAGGAUGAACUGGUUUACCUGUUGGAUUCCGUUGUUCGCCUUCGAUACUGCUUCCAAGAUGACAUCGCCGAUGUUUUCACCGAUCCAAAUAUCGGUCCCCAACCGUGGGAGUUUGCCUACGACCGGCUCGAGUAUGCCAGUCUCCGCGUAGAAUCCGACAUCCUGCGAACCCAUGGACAAGGCUUCUUGCAUCAUUUCGACUUUCCCAACCUCCGUGGCCUCAACCUUCGUGUCGUCAAUCCCUUCGCAAGGCCGAACCUCUUUGCCCGACUGCCAAAUAUGAAUCUCCCCGGCUAUUUCCCAAAUCUCCGUGUGCUCAGAAUUUGUGGCGAUGUCUACAUCGACCGUCCAACGCUCCAGAACAUGUUCAAUGUCCUUGCUCAGCUGACAGACUUAACACUGGACCUUCUGCGGUCGACCGCCAUGGUCGACAAUGUGGUAGAGCUGCUCACGCCACAAGCUGGUGUUGUGCGUCUUCCACAAAUGGAGCAUCUCCGAAUCUCGAUGUACCCGCACCACCACCUUACACUACUCGUCACGAUGGUUUCUCUUCGUUUUGGAGGACUGCCAGGCGCGGUAUUCGCUCCGCUGCGAUCCUUUAUGCUUGUUGCCCCUCCCGAUCUUCAAGCCGCCUUCAGCGUACUGACACAACUUCGACUCGCCAAUGGAUGGGAUAUUGGUGUCAAAGGAUUCAAGGAAGUGGACCUAUGGGAGGACGCUUUUGGCGGGGAGUUUUGUCUCGACAUAUAA